UGAGUUGGGCAAGGUUUAAACGUUAGGUCCUUUUGAAAUGUGCCCGCCCUUUCGUUUCAACGACCUUGAACUGCUUGACUAGAGGCGGUCAUUCCGUAUUUCAAUUGCCGUGGGUUGGUUGGAUUGCAUGAGUACCAAGUUUUUUCAUAUAUAAGUCAUGUUAUGCUACAUAAAAAAGCACGAAAUAAAUACCAAAACCAUUAAUUUAGCGUUCUCUGUUUUGUAGUGUACACGUUGGCUCUGUUGUUGCUUUGUAAUUUGAUCUUUGAUCCCAACAACUGUAGUAAAGCUCAACGAAAUGUCAAGUCACAGGUAAAUCCUAAGUAUUUGUAGUAUUUUCUUGGGUUAUUAUUGUUGGAAGGAAUAACCUUUUAAUAAUUAGUCAUUUCUGUUUUUAGUGCUUCAUGCUCAAGUGACAUUUCAGUCGACCUAACCGAUGCCUUUCGAAGUAUGAUACUGAACAAGCGUUUCGUCUUGUGGGAUGAUUUUGAAAGCGCCUUAAAAGAGUUCCAAAAAACUACUUAUACUCGUUACAUCCACACAGAAAGCAGAUUGCUGAAGGAUGUCAGGUUCAAAUACCUGUUUGUAUCGUUUAAUUGUACGUUUGGUCAUAAGAGGAAAUCGGAAGGUUUGAAAGUGAGGCAAAAAUCGUCUAAAUUCCGUAAUUGUCGAUCUAAAUUUCGUGUAAGACUAGAGGAGCAAGGAUAUGUCAUCAAAUCCUACAACAUGCUCCACAAUCAUCCAUGUAGUAGUUCAUGGAUGGUAUGUGAUCCAUUGACAAGGAGAUUAUCGUCAGAAGAAAAAGAGAACUUGAAGCCCGUAAUACUUCACUGUGAGUCAGCAGAUGAAGUUAUCGAAAGCAUUAAGGAGAGAACUGGUAAGCAAGCAACUGCUGCCGAUGUCAAAGGUAUGAAAGCUACACUCUCCACUGAUAAGUGUAUAUAAAUAUAUUUCAGGUUGUUUUACUCGGAGCCAGGUAAUGGAUAUGCUUAGACAGAGAGGCGAAGUGAAGGAACAUUUAGAAAAUGGAUAUGCCACUAGAAUAUGUUUCAGUAGUUCUAACCAAAUACAACUGUACAGAAAAUAUCCAGAAGUUGUGUGCAUUGAUUCUACGUAUAAUACUAAUAAUAAAAAGUGAAUAUGUUUAUCGUUGUAUUUUACUAUGUAGAUAUUCCUUAUUCCAGUUAGUAGUGACGGAUAAUUGCGGUCGAGGUCGAACUGUAAUGUUUGCAUGGACUCGAAGGGAAAAGCGUGCUGAUGUUAUAUGGAUUCUAGAUCAAUUCAAAGAGAUAAUGGGGGAUACAAUGUUGACUGAAACAUUUGUGAUGGACUGCGCAAGAUGUGAAAGCGCGGCUGUCCGUAUGACACACGGACAUGCAACGCAUCAUUGAGAAGUAUGGUGAACGUUUCGCAACGGAAGUUGAGAAGAAGGUGGACAAUUAUUACUUAAGAAUUCUUAAUACCAACUUGUAAACUUGAUUUUCUGCUUUAGCAGCAAUGAUUAUUCAAUAAACUGUCAUAAUUUU